AUGCCAUGCACGAUCAAGAUCCGCCUUGUUGAAGCGCGUGAUAUGUCUGUGGAGGACCGCACGAGUAAGUUGGCGGACGCGUACGUGUGCAUCACCUUUGCGAGCUUUGAGGCCAAAUCGUCCGUAAUAAAGAAGACGUUGAACCCCAAAUGGGACGAGGAAUUCCGCUUUGACGUUGCCGAUGACUCGGUGCUACAGAGUCAACCGAUCGAGUUCAAGCUGAUGGAUCACGACGUGUAUACAACGGAUGCGACGGUAGGGAUUGUAUACGUCGACCUCAACUGUUUGUUGAUGCGAGACGGCCACGUGAUCCAAGGCUGGUUUCCAGUAUACGACACGCUCCUUGGGGUGCGUUGUGAACUAAAUGUAGUGAUUCGGCUUCAGUACUUUGGAGACGUGAAUCCCUUCCGAGAAUCCUCGGCGGGUGUCCAGUUCUUCGGACUGUCGACUUUAGACCCGAGUUUGUAUCGGAUCGAGAGCAUGCUCGGCUUUGUCGAGGAGCUUGUGGUGCAUGCAGAUCCAGAGUAUUCAUGGAGUGAUAAUUUUCGCACAUCGAGAAGGAGCAAUGAACAUCGGCAGUUGCUACUGUAUAAGUUAUCGUCUCAAGUGGCGACGCUCGUGGGCAAAAAAGCGCUGGAGUUGGGAGGAAAUGCCGUGUUGGCGUACAAACAAUUUUUCGAUGUUGAAGGAGAUAGCGGCUUAGUAGCGCGUGCGUGCGGCACUGCUUGCUGCAUUACGAUUAUGGGAAAGAACGAGGGAAUGAGCUUGGACGAAGGUGGUAGCAUUGGUCAACACAGAACACAAAGUGAGGAUGGACACGACACUGAGUCCAAGAUAAACAUUGGUAUCGACAAUACCUCUGUUACAGCAGGAGACAGCGUAAACGCUCAGGCGUCUCCACGGUAUUAUCCACGUCGAGUAUUGCUCAAGUCACUUAAAGUGCCAGAAGCGUUCAAUAUCUCCGCCCACGACGAAGUACAAUUAAUCACCCUGAAGGUGUUUACUCCUGCAACAAGAAUCCGUCUGGCUGGAAUCGUCAGUGCGCGCUCCGUAAAAUAUUUAGGCAAAUUAGCCACCAAGCUAGCUGACCAAGAAACACGGGACUCUUGGUGGCUCGAGCUUCGUGAAGAGAUCCGGGCUCAUGCACAGUCACUGCAAUGUGAUUUUGUUAUUGGAUACACAGAAUUGUGCACCAUCCACGAUGACGUGUGUGUUCUUUCAGCCUCUGGAACUGCUGCUGUCAUGAAAAAUCCUCCAAAAGAGAGGCCAACUUGGCGAGACGUGACUGUAGAUUAUGGCAUUGAUGACGAUAGCGCUGAUGCGCAUGAAACAUCUUCAUCAGUGUUGAACCUGCCUCUACCGGAGUCUUUUGCCUCGCUUGGUCGCCGGAGCCCGUCAUUCUCGUUUGCGACGCACCCUCCAGUCGUGCACCGUAGAGUAAAGACAAGGAGAAACCAAAUUUCACAAUCGUCUUGUCUUUUGUGCCACAUCCCAUACUCACGAUCUCUGGCUCCAUUUUCCAAUAUGCGUGUGGUUCGCUGCGGAGUUUGUGGAAAUAAAUGGGUUCCAGAAAUGAUGAUUGCAUCCAUCGAACCUCCUGCUGGCCUCGCCAUGAUAGGAAGAGGGACUUUUAUUCAGGCUCGGGUAUGCCGUCAGCGCAGGAAGGGUACUGGUGAUGUGAGUGCGACAAUCGUGUCGGACGCGUUGCCGUUUCUCGAAUACGAGCUGUAUCGUCAGCUUAUCGUUAAGAUGAAAGUGCUCGGUGUGAAUGCCGUAUUCGCCUUCGACUCUCAGAUUCAAGUUGGCGGGUCUCUUGUUGUCGGCGUAAUCACUGGAACUGGCCUCUAUCUCCCUGCUCUUCCACCUCCGCCAACGCUUCGAAUUGAGCGAAAUAUUGAUGUGAAAGAUGAUGAAGAUCGACGCCUUGUUCAACUACAAGCACAAAUUGAGGAAGUUAGCACGUGUAAUAAAGACAGGCUCCAUCGUGACCGCAUCUGUACCGUUCAGUCCGAGUACGAGUAUUGUGCUGAACGCAGGGAUGUGCGCAAUAACCAACACCAGCUAAAUAAUUCGCUGUCAUCAGAUUUUGACGAUGCGAACGGUAAAAUUUCAAAGCGUCCUUCGAUGAACAUUUCUUCUAGAUACUCAAGACGAGCGCGCCGAAGACCGCCGGUCCAACACCCACUUUCUGAUGACGAAUUUUUAGCCCCUAAAAGCACAGAUGGGGUUCGCUCUGCCACGCCGGAUAUCUUGGUCUCGCUUGAAGGCGGCGGUACAACAACGUUGUUAAGUGGCUCGAAAGCACUACAAGCCCCGCACUCUCCGACUCUUCUCGGGAAUAAGUCUAAGACACUUAGCUCAUCUUCCGAAUCAAGUUCAGAGUCGGAGGAAGAAUCGUUCAUUGAUGGUUUUGGCGAUUUAAAGGAGACUUUUGUACUGGAGAUCGACGAUGAGACGGAUGAAGACCUGAUGUCGGUACUGCUUGAACAGGAGUUGCCAGAGGGAAUAUACAUGUGCAACACGGACCGUCUUCCUGGAAAUUUCGUACCCGGUGAGAAUGUACACUUGGUUGUUUCCAUGAAGCGAGUAGAAUGGGACGAAGACCGAAUGCGUGACACACGCCUCAAUGAACUGCUCUCGGCCGUAUUUGAGGAGCUGUUUGCAAGUAUGCUGUUUAAAGUAGGCUCGUAUGCUCCCUGUGCCAUAUGUGGCAUAAAAACUCGAGUCACAGUGGCGUCUGAAACUAUGCUUGAAGUGGUUUUGAGCGGAAUGGCCGUACGGGAGAGUAAGAAGAGAGGUCCACAUGAUACUAUUCUGAGCGAUGCCACGAUAGCGCUGAAGACAAAAGACGAAGCUCAUCAAACUGUGCCGUCGGGCAAGUCCAUUUUGACGUUACCGAAUGUGCAAGGUGCUCUGCUCUUCGGUGAAGCAGGUCUAUCCAACCUCCACAUUCAAAUGCCGUUCCCGGAACGAAAUGUUGCACGUUUGCAUGCAAGCAAUGCGCUUUCGGUCGACCCCAGCCGUGGUUCGACAGCUGCGCCAUACGGCCGUGAGUGGAUCGAGUUGACACCGCUUGGAUACAUUCCUGGCGCCCGCGUGACGCGCUACCUCGGUCGCGUGACACUUCAUUUUAUUAAGGAAAGCUGGACGGUGCGUGAGAGUGGCGGCUUGGGUGCCUUCUACCAUUUGUUUUUAAGCGAGGCGAUUGCGAUUGUUCGUGCACACGUGUGUUCGUUGGGUGGCAAUGCGAUGCUGACCUUCCGCCUCGUUCCCAUUGAGUCCAGUCAGUUAUACCGCAACCAAGUGUACAACAUGAUCAGCAUCACGGGAGACGUCGUAAUGAUCGAACGUGAAGUGGACACUAAUAUUGCGUGUCAGCCUAAUACGCUGGAACCGAAAUGGUCUCAUGCUGAUGAGAAAAAUGCUAUGGAGGACGUUCUUGCUGGUGCCAGAAUACACGACCGUAGGGACGGCUAUUAA